AUGCAAUGGGUCAUCGACUUAGUAGGCUCCAUUCCAACGACACUUCGGGAGAUGCAACCCGUAAAGAAGCGUCCUAAGGAAAGCAUCCAGGUUACUAUCCGUUUCCUAAGGGGGCAGGAUAGUCAUACAGUUGUCCAUAAAAAGCGUCCUUCAGGAGACGAAGCCCACAAAGCAAUGGGUAGGAUAGUCAUACAGUUGUCCAUAAGUAGCGUCCUAAGGGUGACGCAGGUCAACGACCAAAAGUGUCCUUCGGGAGAUGCGGCCCAAAAAGAAGCGUCUUAA